CCCCUCCCCUCUCCCGCCCGCCCCACAGCUGGGGGUGGUUCUCGCCUGGCCGCCCUCACUCCUCCCCUCCCUCCUUCUCUGCCGGCGGGCUGCUCCCUCCCCGUGGGGCGCAGGGAGGCGAGCCCGCCCGCCCGGGAUGCCAUGGCUCCGCCGGGCUCCGCGCUGCCCGCCUGCCUGCUGGGGCUGCUGCUGCUUGUCUGCCGCGGAGAUUUUGGCCGUUCCUCUGAGCUGGCAUUCGUUGUGGAGCCUAGUGAUGACAUAGCUGUGCAGGAGCAACCCUUGAUCCUCUACUGCCAGGUGGAGGGCAUCCAGCCCAUCACCAUCACGUGGCGGAAGAACGGCGUGAUGAUCGUGGACAGUGAGAAUGCCUUUAUGUUGGCCAACGGGUCUCUCUACGUCUCCCGCUUCCAGAGGGUCCGGGGAGAUGGGUCGUCAGAUGAAGGCGAGUACGACUGCAUGGCACAGAACCACUACGGGCUGCUGGUGAGCCGGAAGGCAAAGAUUCAGGCAGCAACAAUGUCUGACUUCCACAUCCACCCUCAGAAUGCAGUGGUGGAGGAAGGCGGUGUAGCAAGAUUCCAGUGCCAGAUCCACGGCUUGCCUGAGCCAGUCAUCCUAUGGCAUAAGAACAGCAUGCCAGUCAACACAGACAAUGAAAGGUACACGCUGCUUCCCAAGGGGGUUCUCCAGAUAACGGGGCUGAGGGCAGAAGACAGUGGCAUAUUUCACUGUGUUGCCACCAAUAUUGCUAACGUGAAGUUCAGCCGGGAGGCCCGGCUCACCGUGUCAGGCUCCCACUCCACCGUGUACAAGGACCCCAUGAUCCUUGUGGGCCCGGAGAACCUGACGCUGACCGUGCACCAGACGGCAGUGCUGGAGUGCAUCGCCACCGGCAACCCCCGGCCCAUCGUCUCCUGGAGCCGCCUCGAUGGCCGCCCGAUUGGCGUGGAGGGGAUCCAGGUGCUGGGCACAGGAAACCUCAUGAUCUCGGACCUCACAGUGCAGCAUUCUGGCAUCUACGUGUGCGCCGCCAACAAACCUGGCACGCGCGUGCGCCGCACCGCACAGGGCAGCCUCGUCGUGCAAGCCCCAGCAGAGUUUGUGCAGCAUCCCCAGUCCAUUUCCAGACCUGUGGGGACUACUGCCAUCUUCACAUGUGUGGCCCAAGGGGAACCCCCUCCCCAGAUCACGUGGCUGAGGAACGGGCAGAUCCUGGAGACCAGCGACCACAUCAAGCUGAAGAAUAACAACAGCACUCUCUCCAUCUAUGGGAUCAACCAGGCAGAUGAAGCCAUCUACCAGUGCCUGGCUGAGAACAGCGCGGGCUCCACGCAGGCCAGCGCCCGCCUCACCGUGCUGUGGGCUGACGGGCUGCCCAGCCCUCCUCAGAGCGUGAGGGCAGAGACUGUCUCUGCAACCACCAUCCAGGUGUCCUGGGAAAAGCCCCUGCAGAACACCAAGGAGAUCAUUGGCUACGUGCUGCACAUCCGGAAAGCUGCAGAUCCCGUAGAGAUGGAGUACCAGGAGGCUGUUAGCAAGAGCACCUUCCAGCAGCUAGUGACUGAUCUGGAACCCUCGACCAGCUACAGCUUUUACAUAAAGGCUUACACCUCCCGGGGUGCCAGCAAAGCCUCAGAAGUCACAGUGGUGAGCACGCUGGGGGAAGUCCCAGCCAUGCCAUCCCUCUUUAUUAAAGUCAUUAACAGCACCACUGUGCAGGCAACGUGGGAGCCCUCCAUCAAACUGGGCCAGCACGAAGGCUUCAAGCUGUAUUACCGCAAAGUCCACCUCUCCCAGUACACAGGGCCAGUGCUCCUGGCCAGCAACAUCACAGCCUACAACAUUACCCACCUGGACGCGUCGGUGGUGUACGAAGUCAAGCUCCUUGCCUACAACCAGCAUGGGGAUGGAAACUCCACCGUCCGCUUUGUGUCCCUGAGGGAAACUGUGGAGAGGACAGUGCUGAAUCCUCCCUGCGACUGCAUGAAGGACGAGCAGAACAAUAAAACCUCCACAACCGGCAUCAUCAUCGGGAUCCACAUCGGCGUCACGUGCAUCAUAUUCUGCAUCCUCUUCCUUAUGUUUGGGUACCGAGGAAGGCUGCUGAUGUGCAAAAAUGUGCAGGAGCAGCUGUCAACCCCUCAGAUUCCCCGGAGCCAGCGGAGUGCCACAGGCCUUGUCCUGAACGGGGCCACUCGUAGAGACAGAGAUGACCGGGACUUGAACGGAAAGCAGCUGGAUAUGAACGAGCUGGAGAGAUUAUUCCCAGCAUCCCCAUCCCAGGAGCAGCAGGAAAAGGGAAUAACGGUAAGUCCAGCAGCAUGGGAGCACACCUGGCUGUGCAUUGGAGAGCUGUCACUGUCACUGUCAAUGCAUUGUCCCCUUCUCUCUCUCUCCAGUCGGCUCACAGCCUGUCAGCCCCCCAUGAUGAAACCCAGAUCUCCACACUCCCUCUGGAUGAGUUCAGCAUCAUUGAGGAGCAGCCAGACCCCCUCCCAAAAAACCCCCAUGGCAGCAGUCCUGCUGCUCCGGCUCCCAACCACGGUCCUGCCAAUGAAGGAUAAAACUGCCAAGACUCGAAGCCUCUUGUAGGAGUUACCAGAAACCAAACCCGCGGCUGGUGAUGUCUUUACAAGUUGUCAAUCUCAGGUCAAUUGAAGAUUUCUAUGGUCUGAUUGUUAUUUUUUUGUUUUGCUUUAUUUUUAUAUAUAUAUAUAAAUAUAUAUAUAUAUAUAUGUAUACAGCCUUUUGGAAACUGUGUGAAGUUUAGCUUUCUGACCUCUCUUGAGCCUUUCAAUGUGUUUCUUCCGAUGAUGGCUGUCUGGAGACUGGUCACGAUGGAUUUUCCCCACAGCUGCUACGUAACAGACUCCUUGGCAGAGUUUUGCAAACUCUCCAGUCUCUGACAGACUGGGGAUACAGUGGAGCCCCCAUCUCUUAGCAUCCUGAACUUUUUCCUGAUCAGCAGCUUUAGGACUACUUUUCGGAUCUAUUUUUUAUUUCUGAAGACUGGAUUUGGAAAAAUCCUUCUAACUUGACUCCAAAAAUUGAGGCCUAGGAAGGCUGUCUCUCCGUGGAUUUGAUGAUUUUGUACACUUUUGCUAUUUCUCAGGAUACUUUUUUUGCUGACUGACUCUAAAUAAUAUGAAAAAAAAGUUAAAAAAAAAAAGUGUGUGUGUGUCAAAGGAUGCCUGAGGGCUACUGAAAGACAUGGACAGACAACCCGAGUGAACUCAGAACCUACCUCAACCGGAAUGAAUGUCUUCUGGGAAGCAGAAAUACCUGUGUCUUCCUUCUUGUUCAAACAAACAAGUAGCGUAGCACUUGGUCAGUACAAGCAUGGUCCUACCUCAGCAGUCACGUUCUGUACCUGCCACCUUGGUGGCUUCCUUGUUGUCGUUCCCAUGUAAAGCACUUCCAAACCUUUGAAAGCAAUGUUCUACCUCAAGCGUGAGAGAAACUUAUGUGUGUGUGUGUGCGUGUGCGUGUGUGUGUGUCCUCCCCUCUCCCUCAAUUCCUGCCUCUCCCACCCAGCCCCACAUGAAGCACGAUGCUUCACCGGUGUUAUGAGCUUUACUUUUGGGGGCUCCAGUGUGAUUUUGUGUGGCGGAGAUUCGUGUUGUGGUUUUUUACUUUAAAAAUUGUUGGGGAGGUCACAGACAAGCAGUGUGAUGCCCUUUGGCUCCCUGGCACCACUGCCUUUCCAGGGCUGAUUUGGGCACUGGUCCAUCCUGGGUUUGAAGGGAUGGGGUACUCAGAUUGCAGUGCUGGGGCUAGAGCACCCUUCUGCCCCAUCAGUGGGCUGCUUCCCAAGGCUGAUUCUCAGCAGGAUGAUCUAUGGCGUGUGCUGGCACAAGCAGCACAACACACCCUUGGGAGGUGGGACCCUGGACAUCACUGUCUUGUCCCAAAGCCCACCCUACUAACAGGAGCACCUGUGGGGAAACCCCAGUAGAGUACUUCCAGAACCCCUUGAGAUGCUACUGAGCUUCUCCCAGCUUCUCCAGCACCUUUCCAGCCACAGAACGUCCAAAGGAUGAGUGGAGCCAAAAAGGGCUCGGUUCCUUGGGAGGGACAAGGCAAGGAGGAUGCUGGGGGCUGCCAGAGCUGCCCCUUCCCCAUGCCCACGGUGGGCAGAGGAGCUCCUGACACCAAAGAGAGGGUUUGUCCCCUCCAGAGAUCAACCACCAACCUGACGCUGUGGAGGUUGGGUUUUCCUGGUGUGGUGCAGCCUUGUGAGUCAGUGUGUGACCAGCAUCGUCCAUGGGUGAGAUGGGGGUACACACGGGGGACAGGGACACCAGAUGCCAGCUGGUGCCAGAGGGCAGCCUUUUCCCUGCUGUGUGAGGUGGUUAAAUCAGGCAUAUGUGAAGGUUUGAUCUUUUUGUGUAGGUGGUGGUAAAUCAAAUGUUGCUGUAUUUGGAAGGACAGUGAACGGAAUCAGGAAAGGAAAUUAGUUUAAGUUUUAAAAAAGUAUGAAUUGUAUUUUUUUAAAUGGUACCAGUGGGAGAGUCCCUUGUGUCAAAAACACCCCUGUCACCUGCCCAACUGGCAAUGGGAUGCAACCAAUGGCUGUGUAAAUAGUACAAUAUACAGGAGGCUGAGCAAAUGCCUCUUCCCUGAGCUGAGUCCUGGUGCUGGGCAGGGUUACCUGGGAGCAGAACUCUGUCCUCAUCCAGCUUGGCCCAAGCAGAUGUAAUGACACCAACUUCAAGAGCAAGGAGCUGUUCAGGCUCGGUGUUCCUAGCCCUCUUCCAUUAAAAUUCGUCCUCCUAUAGACAUCAUGCAGAACAGAAAAGAUGCAAAGGGUUAAAUUUUGGCAUUAACACCCCCAAACAGCCUUUCCCCACCCCACCAAAGAGGCUAAAUGGGCUGUCAGACGAUCCCUGCUCACACCUGUGAUGCUGGACCUGGAGACAGCCUGGGGAGGGACUGUGGGGGACAGUGCUGUGUGAGACCAAGAGCACAGCCCAACCCAUCACAGGAGCCAGAGGAUGCCAGGGUUAGGGCAAGGCAGGAGGGAGGAGAAGACACCAAACAGCUCAAGUUAUAACCUCAUAUCAAAGACAACCUGAUCCUCUCCUGCCAUCCCACUCCCACUCCAGCCCAGUUUUUCUUUUUAUUGUUUCUUUGUGUGUGUAACGCCGCCGUUCACAUUGAAUAAGUACCGUUGCCAAAGUGAACACAGAACCUAGAGUAGUGUUCAGCUCAGACUUCCUGGAGCUGUGAACAUGCUAUUAAUUUAAUAUCAUAUUAUUGUGAUAUUGUAAUAGUAACAAGUAUUUGUCACUACUUCCUUUUAUUAAAGGGAAAUUCUGUGCCAUUUGACUAGUUGGAAUACAAUAGUAUGUCAAGAAUAUAGAGUUUUUUCUUUUGUUGUUUUUUAAUUAUGCAGAAACAUGGUGGCUUAAACCAAUGCAGAUUCUGUGUUGCUUUGAGAUGGUUGAAGAUGGAUGUAAAUCUUUAAAGACUAUUUUUUAGAUGUUUAGCUUUUCCUCUUUUUUGGGGUUUCUUUUUUGCUCUUAUCAAUUCAUACCAUUGGGACCAAACACAGACGGUUGUCGCAGCUCAGUCCCUGAAAGGAUGAGGCUGAAGUCUGAUGAUCCAUGAGGAUCCAUGAUCUUCUUUAAAUUAUCUAAGUCCACCAAACUGGGCAAAAAAACCCACUCAAAAUUACAUAUUGGCUUUGUGCCUCUGGCUGCCACUAAGCUGGAAAAGCGACAUGUAACAGCCCCACUCACUGUACUGCAGUGCUGGAACGGGGCUGGAGGCAAAACUGUCCCAACCCAAAACUUGGGAAAACAUCACCUAGCGUAUGUCUGGCCCUUAAUUUGGGAAAUGAGAAGGAAAAAAGAAUGGAAAAAAUCAUUUAAAAAGAGCUUGUGUUUGGUUUCAGCAUGGGGGACAGUCUGUCCUUUGUUCAUCCAAACUGCUGCCCUGGUUUUGAAGCAAACUGAUGGAAUUUUAUUCUGUGUUCGGGGCACAGUUGUACUCCAGUAGACAAGUUGUACUUGGGUAGACACGUUGUAUUUGGGUGCGUGUGGGACAGCAGGUCCCAGUGUGUGGCACAUGGGCUGUGCCACAGGAAAGGGGUCGAGGCAUCAUUUGAUGUCCCCAGACCAGAGGCUGAGGCAGCCAGACAGUCCCAGGGUGGUUCCCAGGGCCUUUCACCAUCAGCACCCACCUGCCAGCCAAGGCAGCACUCCCUUCACACUCCUUUACACACCACAACGUUUAAGGAACAGCUUGCCAGGUUUCUUAUUCCCUUUUUUCCCCCCCACUUUUUCCUGAUGGGAGGAAUCAGUUCUACCCAGAGAUAGAACCACUGGAUGACAGGCAGGUGUUGGAUCUGGUACAAACUGCUGGAAACUGCCUGUGUUUGGGGUGGGAAUCUGAUCCUGUAGUAUUUUUCAAAUAAUUACACUAAUUCAACCUGUUGCCUUUUCUCAGCUGAUCCCAAAAAACCUCUUAUUUUCUGGCUGUAGUGAGAUGAAAUUAUUGGAAGGAAUAAAUAUCCAAAAGCUGAUUUUUUUUUAUUUUUUUUAUUUUUGGUAACCCAUAAUGGGCACAACCUAUUCUUGGAGAUCUCAAGUUAACCAGAGAUGGCUGCUUCCUCAGGGAUAGUAUCCACAUUGUCUUUAGUUGAACAGGGAAUAGUUUUAUGCUGUGACAGGGUAUUUUCACACUGUUGGAUUCAGGUAUUUAUUUGUCUACCAUUAUCUUUCUUCUUCCUCGUUUUGUAAAGGGGCUGAUAUAUUUAAGUGCUGGACCAGUUUGGGAAUUUUAAAGCUUCCACCCAAAAUUAUACCAAGGGACUGUAGGUUUUAAGUUGGCAAUAAGAGGAGAAAAGCUACGAAGUGUUGUUGCCUCUGGAUAGUGAAGGGAAGAGUUUUGCUGCCUGUGGGGGUGUUCUUCUGGGAUAACCAUCCCAUGGCAUUUCAGGGGGGAUCAGUGCGGUGUCUGAGCCCUCUCUGACAGCACUUAAGUCUGGGAAAAUUGGUUAAAAAAAAGGAAAUUAAAGGCUUAUGAAAACAAAGGAGGGGGAGCUCCUCUCUUCAUCUGUGCAAACAGUGAGUGGAAAUCUAUCCGUCCCCGUGCGCGCCGGAGCAGGCAGGUUUCAGGUCCCAUCGAGCAACUUGAUGCCGGCUCAUUUAUGUCCCUCACCCGCCAAAUUAAAAAAAGGGAAAGGAAAAGGAAGGUGCCUGGCCUGGAGCUGUGGGCAGGGAGACGGGGACAAGUGAAGCACCAGCACCCCCAGGCGAAAGCGCUGCUGGCACAGAGCCAUGGCACUGAAACCCCUGGAACACUGGGAAUCAGGGAAACGGCUCCAGGCUUACUCCAAGGGCAGAGCCUGGGCUUCGGCAUCGUGUGGGAAGAAGGGACGGGGCCAGUGUGAAGCCCAGCGAGUCGGGGACAAGCCUGAUUUCACGGGGCUUUGGAUCAGGGUCCGACUUAAAAAGCAACGAGGGAUUUGUACUUUGAUCCUAUUUCCAUCAUUUAAACUUGCAAUAUCUUUACGUUUGUAAGAAAGUCAUAAUAAAACCAAUGCUAAACCUUUGUCCCAGUCCUUUUUGGGAAUCAACUGUUAGCAGUAAUACUAAAAACCCAAAUUGCAAAGCACUUUUCUACUGUUUAUUUUCUACCUUUCUUACUUUGAACUGUCAUGAUAUUGAAAUCCCACUGAUCCCACGAUUGUUAGCUCUGUAUUAAAAAAUAAUAAUAAAAUAAAACCCAGGUUUUUUGUAGUUUGCUCUGUUUAGAUUUUAGCCUGUGGCUACUUGUACAAGAAAAAUAAAAAUAGAAUAAAUGA